GAUAUGGAGUAGGAGUCAGUCUAUUCCAUCCUCUGCUCCAGCAGUCUAUGAUCUAUCCAUCAAGCAGCAAGUGGGGCUAAUGCAUGUGGGUGUUUAAAAGCAAUAAUACUAGUAAAAAAAUCAGUUAAUAAUUUGAAUUUCUAAUAAAUUGCAGCUCUGCUAGAUACUUUUCAAGGGUUAAUAGAAGUUUUACUUCAGCAGCACAGCCAGACAGACUCGUUGCGCUUCAGUGAGCAGGUAGGACGCGGCACCAAUUAGUGACAUGACUGACUACAAUUCCCGAGAGCCUUUGCUGCAGCUCCCCCCCCCCCUAAUUGAGUGAUCAGGCAGAGUAGGGCGUAGCUGCACCACUGAAAGUAAAGUUUCACCCCGGAAGCAACAGGUAAAUCGCUCUGAGCAGGAGGAGGAGAAGGUAUGUGAGGAAUCUGAUCAGGUGCUGUUCCCUUUCAUUUUCCACUGCCUUUCUCUCCCGGUCAGAGGCAGAGAGAGGAUCUCACCUGAGUGUGAGUGAAGUUGGGGAGGGGGAGAUGGCAGUGACCCAGGAAAUUGUGCUGAACUUUCUGCUGGAGCAGAGGGGCAAGGUGAGGAAUUCUGAUCUGCUCAAAAAGUUCAAGCCUCUGGUGGACUGCCCUGAUCCUGACAAGAAGGCGCACAACAGGGCUCGCUUCAAAACCUUUGUCAACACCUUAGCUGUGGUGAAGGAUGAGGCAGAAGGCAAGAUGGUGGUUCUGAAGAAAAAAUAUAUGCAUUUGCUGACAGAAAAAGAGGGAACCAGGGAACAAGAUCCUGAGCCUAUCCAGGCAGUGAGUCAAGGGCUAACCCAGCCUGUAAAUGUGAUCCAACACCAGCCCAAGCAAUGUGCAACAGGGGAGCCAGCACCCAGCACCCAAAGGAGACAUUCUAGCCAGCACCCUCCUUUGCAAGGUAGUAGUGAAGACCUGCAGCAGAAAAGCAAUCAGAGUGAUGCUAGAGAGAGUGUUGCCUCUACCGAAAUGACUGAUCUAACAGAUCCCAGGGAAAAACCUUCAUCCGAUGAGUCUGAAACAGAGUCCAAAAGAGAGACUGUGUUUGCUAUAGUGGCUCGGAUGGAUAAUGCAGGACCUGUGCCUGUCCCUAAGUCUUGGGUGGAUGUGCAAUCGAAGGAGGCUGCUCAGAAACCUUUUAUGCUGCCCCUGAGAUGCCCACAGCCUUCCCCUGGUGGCACAGACAAUGAGCCAGAGAGCAGAAGCACCAUGGCAACCCCUGCGAUCAAUACAGCAGUAGAGGUAGUGGCACGUCCCGUCCAGCCCCGAUCCCCUCACGUUGGCAGGAGGCAAUACGACGACACAGCUACAAAAUCCCCGCAUCUCAAAAGGGCCUCCAAGAUGCAGAAAGUGUCAGAGGAUCAAAAAUACUCAGAUGUUGUUCCCCUCGAUCCCUCUGAGCACAAGUGGCUAGUGACCUCCACCAAUGGCCGGUGGAACCACACGCUCUAUGGGCUGAUCUUGAGCGAUGGAGAAUUGGUUGGGAAGAGAGACUUUAUUUCUGGUUUCACUGCUUUGCACUGGGCGGCUAAGACUGGGAACACCGAAAUGAUGAAGAUAUUAGUCGAAAGUGUAAGUAAAAAUAACAUGAAACUCAAUGUUAACAUGAAGUCUUUUGGCGGGUACACGCCGCUGCAUAUCGCUGCUAUCCACGACCACACGGACUUUAUAACCAACCUCGUGAGAUAUUAUCACGCUAAUGUAAAUCUCCGAGACCACAGUGGCAAAAAGCCUUAUCAAUACUUAAAGAAAGACUCGCCCCAGAAAAUCAGGAUUCUUUUAAAUGACCCCCAUGCCAUUAGCACUGAGAACUCUAUGCCAAUGAAAAGGAAUUCCAAAGUGGCCACCUCCAUUUUGGGCACCACCAGUGCUUUCCUUGGGGUCCUCUCAGACGAUGCCGCCCUGCAGGACCUGACGAAAAACAUUAAAAAGAACAAAUUUUUCAAUGCACCUUCAGCGCAGAAGAAGAAACUGAAAGUAAGGGAGAGUCUCCCCGUUUUCAUGAUACUGAAUGAAGACCCCGAAGAAGAGAUUGAGGGAACUAUGGGAAAGCGCAGGCCAGUUUCAGAAUACUUUAGCCAUUAGUGGGUGGCACCUUUAAAUGCAAUGGCAUUCCUGUUGGUGAACUGCAGCUCCCAGAAUCCCUUGCCAGCUGCUGAGUGAUGACGGAAGUACUACUUAAAUAAUAACUUAGGAAUUCAUAGUUUUAGCAAAAUCAAUGGGAUAAAGAUUUGCUCAGCAUCUUCAAAUAUAUCCCCCGAGCUGGCAUGGUGAUUUAACUGGUAACUGUGUGUAAAACCUGUUAGUAACUACUCUGUGUACCUGCAAAGCUUUUUGAGUGACUUGUAAAUAUAUAAAAAAAUUUAGAAGAUCGUGGAUCAGUGAUAGCUUGUGAUGCUAAACUACAUUUCCCAGCAUCCAGUGCUGACUGCUGAUGGAUGGGAGUUGUAUUUCAGCAGUGGCUGGAGUGCAGCCCAUUAAGAUGUCACUCUUGAUUAUUAUUAUUUCAAGAAUAUAUAUCUAUAUAUAUAUAUAUCUAUAUAUAUAUCUAUAUAUAUAUAUAUAUAUAUAUAUAUAUAUAUAUAUAUGAAUUGUAUUGUAUAUCUUCCCCUUGUCUUCUCUGCACAGAGAGACCCACAUGCAUUUUCCUGAUUCACUGAAAUACUGUUACUUUUAUAAUGUAUUAUAUGCUUACACGUGUAAGAUUAUAGAUAAAGCAACUGGCACAUGAGGGGUUUAACCCUGAUUAUACAGGGGAUGUACCUGUUGAUCUGGGGGGAUAAUAUAUGUGGUAUAUGGUAUAUUCAUUAAUGCAUCCAAUAGUUUCUUUGUGAUUAUCGUAACUGCAAUAUAUAAGUAAAAGCUGAUUGGUUACUGUGGGUUCGACAGGAGUAGGCACCAGUGUUACUGCAUGAAUUCAUAUUUGUUUACAGAUCUUUCUUACAUCCUAUUUUGAACUAUGUUUAAAGCACUUAUUGGUCUAAAUCAGCAAACCAAGAAAAGGGCUCGUUUAUCAACACUGGUCAAAUAGGCAACCGGGCAACCAAUCAGACGUUUGCUUUUAUAGUUCUUUCUGCAUCUGGAACUUGCUGGUUGCUAUAGGUUACUGCCCAGGUGCAAAUGUGCCCAGUGUUAAUAGAUGAGCCCCUGUUGGUUUCCAAGAAAAACUGUCAGUAAUGGGAGUGUCAUCAGCAUGUGUCCAAUUAGGUGGGCAGUUUGAAAGCACCUGAGUAUUCCACAUUAAACUUAUAUUUGCAGCAAUGAGCGGCUUUAUUCAUGCUUCAUGCACUCAGUGGCGUAACUAGAUAUUACUGGGCCCCACAGCAAAUUAUUUUUCAGGCCCCCAAAUGUUUAGAGGUUGA